AGUUUAACAAGUUGCUCAAACUAAAUCGACUAAAGCACACAAACCAACAUCAGUGGUUUUAUUGUUUGCACAACGAGAAGACUGCAGGAUGGACGCAGAAUACAAAAGAAUUAACGGGGACUAUUCCACAGCGGACCAUGGCAAACAGAGGAGUGGCUCCAUGUACCUGGAGGAAGAGACCAGCAACAAGGCGGGGGUGGUGUCCUGCUUCUUCUGCCUGAAGGAGGAAGUUGGAGCGCUGGCCAAAGCCCUCAGACUGUUUGAGGAAAAGGGCAUCAACCUGAAACACAUUGAGUCACGUCCGUCGCGAAUGAACAGCCAGGAGUUUGAGUUCUUCAUCAGCGUGGACACUAGCUGCUCCAAGGCCCUGGAUGAAGUCAUCGCCGGCCUGCGCACUGAGAUCAGUGGCCACGUGCACGAGCUCUCACGCAACAAACAGAAGGACACAGUUCCGUGGUUCCCCAAUCACAUCCAGGACUUGGACCGCUUUGCCAACCAGAUUCUGAGCUACGGAUCUGAGCUGGAUGCUGAUCAUCCUGGCUUCACAGACCCAGUGUACAGAGCAAGGAGGAAGGAGUUUGCUGAUAUCGCCUACAGCUACAGACAUGGCCAGGUCAUUCCCAAAGUCGAGUACACAGCCGAGGAGAAGGCAACAUGGAGCACAGUGUUCCGGGAACUGAAGACUCUGUACCCCACACACGCGUGCCGCGAGCACAACCGUGUGUUCCCCCUGCUGGAGAAGUACUGCGGUUACAGGCAGGACAACAUCCCCCAGUUGGAAGACGUCUCCUGUUACCUGCAGUCAUGCACAGGUUUCCGCCUGCGCCCAGUGGCUGGCCUGUUAUCCUCUCGGGAUUUCCUGGCUGGUCUGGCGUUCCGAGUCUUCCACUCUACCCAGUAUAUCCGUCACUCAUCCAAGCCCAUGUACACACCUGAGCCGGAUAUCUGCCAUGAGCUCCUGGGGCAUGUUCCUCUAUUUGCUGAUCCCACCUUUGCUCAAUUCUCACAGGAAAUUGGUCUGGCUUCUCUGGGUGCCCCUGACGAGUACAUUGAGAGGCUUGCUACAGUCUAUUGGUUCACAGUAGAAUUUGGCCUCUGCAAGCAGGGUUCUGAGGUCAAAGCCUAUGGGGCAGGUCUUCUCUCCUCAUUUGGAGAGCUGCAGUACUGUUUGACAGACAAGCCCAAGAUCCAACCUUUUGACCCUUUGAAGACCAGCCUCCAGAAGUACCCAGUUACUGAGUUCCAGCCCAUUUACUUUGUCGCCGAGAGUUUUGAUGAUGCGAAAGAGAGAGUCAGGAAAUUUGCAGACACCAUUCCCAGGCCUUUCUCAGUGCGCUAUAAUGCAUACACCCAGAGCAUUGAAGUCUUGAAUAACACCCAGCAGUUAAGAAACCUGGCUGACAGUAUCAGUGGGGAAAUUGGAAUAUUGUGCAAUGCCCUACGAAAGAUGGAGUAAGGAGACCAUGGAGUCUUUCUUCGAUACUGAUGGACAACGACAGAAUCUCAAUGUAUAUUAUAGAAGCCUGUAAUCUUGUAGAUGUUCAUAUACCUUUACUUAUAAUCUGCUUGCUUGUCAAUUAUAACAUUUGUUGAAUUCUUAUUCAUCUUUAGGCUAAAUUUCACAUUUGUUUUUUAAAGUUAAUUAGCCCUGUUUUGUGGGGUCCCGCUACUAUAUUAAUCAUUAAUAAUAAUAAUAAUCACACAAAUACUGACUGCCAAUUAAAAUGGCAAUUUAGAAAUGUACCUAUUAUUGUAAAUAUUAAGCAACAUAAAACCAAGUAGACUAUUAACUUUCUUAAACGAAUUAUUCUAAGUGAAUGAUUCAGCCAUUUUUAUGUUACUCCAAAAUGGAGAAGUGGCCUUUUACAAACAUUAUUUUAGAAAUGCAACUCCUUCCCAAUAGCUAUUGAUAUUGAUUUGUGUAUUGUUAUGCAACCAGCAAAAACCGUUCAAAUGGAAAAGGGCUAUUCCAAAACUAUUAGUUUAAGAUAAGGAGAUUAUACACACACGAGUAUACAGUGGUUCAAUUGCCUUUCAUAACAAACAUAAUUGCAUUAUUGCAAUGAAUUGCUAGAUCUAUAUAACACAAUAACGAAAAGCAAUUUGUAUUUCCAGAAUGGUAUCAGAAGACGUGAUUAAAAUGCCAUGUGGAAUUCUGAAUACGGGAAAGAAUUUUUUUUUUUCUAUUAAUUACCCUAACUACAUUAAUUCAUUGCAUAAACGUUUUAUUAACUUGCCAAAUAAAGUUGCUUUUGUGAAGAAA